AUGAGCAGCACUGAAGUGCAGUAAAUAAAUGAAAAUUCAAAAAUACAAUUUGUGCUUAUCUUGGGCUAAUUAAUUAGCCAGCUACUUAUCGCAACUGUCGCUGGCAAGUGGCCAGCUCAGUUAUGUGGCACAGGCCGAACGACUUACACAACGUCUCGUUGCGCUUUAUGCGCCGCUUGAUGCAUUGGCUGCUGUUGCUGCCACCGAAUUCACAAUGGCAAAUGAAAGUUGUCUACAAAAUAAUAUUUCUCGCUUAUCUAACGUUCAUACUCAACUGGCGCUUCAGCUUUAACUAUAUGGUUAUCUACGACUUUUGCCAUGAUCACUUCUCCCGCAUGCUGGAUCUGGUCAACUAUGUAACAUUAACUGCAACGCAUGCUGCCAUAACUAUCGAAGUGCUUUGGCUGAAUCGCACUGAGCAGAUUGAGCAGCAGCUGGAGCAUAUAAGACAACUGCUGCUACUGCAGUUCGGUUGUAAAAUGAAUUUGGCCAGAGUACGUCGCUAUUGCAACUUGAACUAUAUGUGCUUGAUUGUUCGCCUCUUGGCCUUGACUGCCAUGACUUUGUAUUGUAAUCUGAACUCCAAUCCCUCUGUGCUGCUUUACUACGGUCUGUACUCGGAGCUGGUGCUGCUGAUGCGUCUCAGCGAGUUCAACUUGUAUGCAACGCUCAUCAUGGCGUUCUACAUGGAGCUGCACGACAUAAGCAACUGUCUGCGCAUGGAGCUCAACUGGACGCGCUUUAGGAUUUGGUCAGCACGUAGAACCAGCCUGAAGCGUCUCUGCAGCUUGCAGCAGCUGCAUGGGCUGCUGUGGCAAGUAGUGCGCUGCAUUGAAGACAACUUUGCCUGGAGUCUAAUACUGUUGAUGCUCAAGUAUUUUGUGGAUACUUCAGUUAUGCCCUACUGGAUUUAUAUCAACAUAAUCAAUGACAUAGAUGUAUCCAUGGUGUACUAUUGCAUUACUGAAGAUUUAUGCAAGCUAUGCGGCAUUAUUCUAAGCUGUCUUAUUUGCACACGCUGCGCUUUGUUGCAGCAGCAGCUGCGCGCCAUGUUCCAUGGCCUGCUGACAGAUCGUCACAGCAGGCAACUCAAUUACCGUCUAUUGAGCAUAUCCAGGCAAUUGUCACAGGAGUGCUGUCAGUUCAGUGCUUCGGGCCUGCUCCUAAUCAACAACGAAACAUUGGGCAAGUUUCUUUUUGGCAUGGUUACGUACAUUGUCAUUUGCAUACAAUUUCGCAAGGCUCUGAUAGCCAAGACACUCACAGAUGCCGUUGUGAGCACCAUAUCGGUGUCCCAGCUCCCAUAGCUGAUUUGAAAGCACAAGCUUAGGGCCAAAGCUUCAAUUAAAAUGUUCAAGUAUAGACAC